UAUGGACCAUUUUGAACAGCCAUCAGCAAAAUUGCUAUAUUUAAUAAAUGAAAUGAAUAGACUAAAAAUGAUUACAUAAUUAGAGAAAUGCACAUUGAAAUGUAUUAAUAAAUAUAAAUCUCAGAAUUUAUAUUGUAAGAACAUCAAGGAAUCUAUGACCUUCUAAAAUAAUAUCCAAAAAGCGACACUGAACUUGAAUUGGCUGAGGCCAUUAUAAUAUUAUUGAGAGGUGCUCCAAAUUCAGGAUGUAAUAUAAUGAAAUUAUAAUUGUAGAAUAAUAAGUUUAAGAUGAUAGUGAGUAUUAAGCAGAUUUGAAUAUAGCUGAUGAUGUAAGAAUAAAUUAAAUAUAAAUUAAAGCUUUAAUCUCCUUUGGGUAAUCAAUUGGUGAAGAGAAAAUUUGGACAAUAAAAAAAACAUUAAUAAUAAGAUAGCAGGCCUUUUGAAUUAAAUAAGAUCCAAUGAUU